AGCGCACGGGAGCUUGGCUGGUGGCCGACCCCACCCAGGGCUUCGCCAUCGGCGCCGAGACGCCGGACCCUGUGGUGAAGGCGGGCACGAAGGGGAUCGCCUACGCGCAGGGGCUGCACGUGCCCGUGGAGUGGGUCGAGCCUGACGCGCUCGACGACUACGCGGCCCCCCGCAGCGGGCAGCUCCGCCGAGCCCUCGGGGCCGCCGCCUCGCCCUCGCCCGAGGUCGCAGCUGGCAGCGCGGCAGACGCCAUCGCGAAGGCCGACAACGACACGUGGCUGAAGGAGCAGCUGACUAAGCUCGACAGCCCCGAGCUCGAGGGCCUGGUGAAGGAGGUCUUCUCGGAGAACGGGGCUCUGAAGGUGAAGCUCAGCGACGCCCGGGACUUCAGAGCCUCGGUCGAGGCGGUGCAGGAAAGCUCCUGGGAGGACUGGCCGUUCAACGGGCCCGGGACCGUCCUCUUCGCGCUCUCGUUCGUCGCGGAGCACUUCCAGGACCCCAAGCAGAGGCAUGCGCGCUUCCGGGCGGAUGGGCGCCUCCAGCCUUCGGACGUGGGCGUGGGCGAGCACGCAGUGGUGAUGAAGAUGCUGUACUUCGGCGCGGUCUACGACCAGCUGGCCCUGCCGCAGCUCGCCUCGGCCGAGCUGGCCUGCAGGCGCGCGCACCUGAUCGAGCUCAAGCACAAGGGCAAGUUCGGCCCGAAGAGGCAACAGGACGGCAAGAAGGUCGUCAGCGACCCCUAUGACGACGCUCACCUCUACCUCGGCUUGUCGGCGACGCGCGGGACGCUGCGCGCCUCGCCGGAGCUGGAGGCCUGGGUAGGCCGUGAGCUUUCGAACGAGUGCCAGGUCAUGAAGGAGAGACGCAAAGCCCUUGAGGAGCGGAAGGCUCUCCAGGGCGAGAAG